UGAUGUAAAGACACCAAUCAGUGCUAAGAGCGAUAAAAAAAAUAAAAAAAACAACGUCCAAAUGUGGAGCUCUGAAAAUGAUGACGUUCUACAUGAAUUGCUGGCUGGUAGUGGAAGUGGAACUGUUUAGCCUGAAUGUCGGGCUAUAAACUGAAGAAUACUUGAAUAACAUUGCAUAAGAAAGCAAUAAGAAGGUAUUUGAAUGAAUGACUAAUCGAAGCGAUAUAGCAGUCUGACCUAUUGAUGCCAAUUACCUAACCAGAGAAGGCGAUAGUGAAUAAGAGGAAAACAGCGAUAUAACGGACUGAAGCUAAAAGUGCGAUUUCUCCUACGAGGAGCGUGGUAACGUGACAUCAUGAACGUGGGCACGGCACACAGCGAGGUGAACCCCAACACACGGGUAAUGAACAGCCGGGGCAUCUGGCUCUCCUACCUCCUGGGCAUCGGCCUGCUGCAUGUCAUCCUGCUCAGCAUCCCCUUCGCCAGUGUGCCCGUGGUCUGGACGCUCACCAACCUCAUACACAACCUGUGCAUGUACCUGUUGUUACACUUGGUGAAAGGAACCCCGUUUGAAACUCCGGACCAGAGCAAGGCUCGCUUCUACACAUACUGGGAGCAGAUGGACUAUGGUGUACAGUUCACUGCCUCACGCAAGUUCCUCACCAUCACUCCUAUCGUCCUCUACAUCCUCACCAGCUUCUACACCAAGUAUGACCGGGCCCACUUUGUGGUCAACACGGUCUCCCUGAUGACCGUGCUCAUUCCCAAGCUCCCCCAGCUUCACGGAGUUCGGAUCUUUGGCAUUAACAAGUACUGAUGGGGCGGAAGAGGACACCGCCAUUCCUCCAUCUCCCUGUGGACUGUAAACACAGAGUAUCAGGCCCCGCCGCAUUGGCCCCCAGCCCAUAGGGAUCCAUGGCCCCUCUCUGGCUCACAGGGCUAUUGAGCACUCUGCUAAAUGAAACCUAUGGGCGAUAUACAACACAGAAUUGACUUACAGGGCUCGGCUGGGUCCGAGCUCCUAUGUGGUUCUAUUGAAGCUGUGCUGUGGUUUAUUUGUGAUUCCUUUUAUGUCCAUUUGAUUUAAUUCACAGAGAACACUGCAAGUGACGCCUUUGAGGACAUACAGUAGUAUGAGAUGUAUUGAGAUUGAGUUACAAUGUGGAGAGGAGAAACCUCGGAGCAGUUUGAUCCUGAGAAAAGUGAGACUCAGACAUUUUGCACCCAGGGAGACAUUUUGGAAGUUAUGUCACUCAGUUAUGGAUGCCCUCUAGAAUUAGAACUCUACAUUUCUUUAGCAUCUUGUCCUCACAAGGCUCAUCCUCUCUUUCUCUCAUAAGAAAGGACAGAAUGAUAGAGAAAAGGUUAGCUCGGGAGUUGCUCUGACUGUUGCAGUGGUCAGACAGGAGGGACCACAGGGUUUAUAUUUAGCCCCCCCUGACCACUCAGUCUGAGUUUGGAAAGUUUAAGCAAAACGUAUUUUAUCUGAUCAUUUCCAUAUUUAGAUUGCCUUGCUCUGAUUUGAACCAGAGUAAACGUCUGUUCACAUUGCAGUCUUUAAUCUACAGUACAGAGUAGACAUGCUCAGGCCCCAAAGCUAAUUCCAGCUUUGUGAAUCUGUUGUAUUUACAUUUCAGUUGGGACCUUUAGGGCAGAAGAUGAAAAGCAGGUUAGGCGAUUCAUGUUCAUGGAAAACACUUGUGCAUACAUAUUGCAUACUCUAAGUCAGGGUUCCCCAACUGGCCCUUGGGUGGUUUUAUUUGUCCCCUCAAGUUUUCUGAGAUUUUCAUUGUAGGACAUAAAAGACUGUAGAAACACCAGGAAAUCAGCUCCCAUGUGAUUUAAAUUGAACAAAUCUGUUCCCAAGUAUUCCCACGCAUAAUAGAGAGACAGAAUAGAGAGAUUAUGUUUUAGUCAGACAUAUCUGUUUGGGCUUCUUGCGGUCAAUUUGCAGUCUACAAAUUAUUAGUAAUUAUGUUCCGGGCCCCGGACCAUCCGCUCAAGAAAAAAAUCGACCCGCGGCUGGGUCUAGUUGAUGAUCCCUGUUCUAAGUAUUGUAUAUUCAACAAUAAUAGAUUGUAGUGCAUGAGUAUGGGCUUAAAGACUUCCUUCAAACUGCACGUAGAGACAUAAAAAUUGUAUCCAUGACUUCAUCCGACUGGGUAAGUAGAAAAUAGGGCUUGAUUGACAAAAUCUCAAACUAUCCCUUCAGUUGAUACAAAGGCUAUAAAUGUGUUAUGACAUGUUGUAAUGUUGGUGUUUUAAUAAGGUACCAAGUACAGAUAGAUACCGGGAGUUUGCCACAUAGCAUGUAUUUACACUCUUUGAGCAGAGUCAUCAUGGCAACAACAUGGCAACAAACAACAACAAGCGUAUUUAAAAAGGGGAAACGGAAACUGAGAACUACGCAAGCACAAAGUGUUGUGUUCAGAACUGACACUCAGUUUAGUCCGAUUGAAGAGAGGUUGUGAUAAUUGAGAUGAAUGUUCGUUUGAAAUGAAUUCCCAGAGUCUUUCACACAGCUUUAGAUAACCCCCCAACAGAAAUUUUGGCAAUGAAAGGGAGAAAAGAACUUAGUGGAACAUUUUCAUAUCCACAAAAUGCACUAUAAUCAAAUAUGAAUGGCUUCAGUGGAUUUUAGUAAGUGCAGAGAAGAUUUAUUAAUUACACUUAUGACUGACAGGGUUUCAAUGUACAACCAUUAGAGAUACUGCAUAUUGUUUUUUAUUAGAAGUAAAAACCAAAGUAUGUGCGCCUUCCUAGUUUGUUAGCACAGUAGGUAGCAAAGAACACGAGUGUUUUUCAAUGUGUUUGAGGUCUGUUGCACAGGAGCAAUGUGAUGUUUAUGUGUGAUCUGACUGGUACAGAGCACAGGACUUUAUUCGUUUGAUUGUGUAACAACAUUACAGUCUUAUGAAUUUGUAGGUACUCGCUUGAUAGUGGAUUAGGAAAAAUAUAGCUUAGGGCUUUUUUGGCACUUAAGUUCAGAAGGAGGAUGGACUAUUGUAAAUAUAUUUUACAAAUGAAAACCUAUAACGAUGAGGGUUAAAGAUUUUGUGUUUUUGUUUUGUUAAGAGUAGGCCUACAUGGAAAAAACACAUAGUUCUACGGGCAAGCAAACAGUUCUUUCUUUCUAGUGAAUACCUGUACACGAUAGGCAUUGUUUAGUCCAACCACACAGAAUACCAUGCUUAUCUCUGGCAUUUGGUUUCAGUGAAUGAGGAUCGUAACUUCAGUGGGUGUACCAAUGUUAUUCAAAUACGUAUAGUACACCUGAAUACAGUUGGUCAAUUCCUGACAAAUGUACAGUAGCAAGCGAUAUUAACAUAACUUGUGUUGGCCUUACGCCCUUAGCAGUAUUUUGUCGUGGUGUAUAAAAACCUACCCAGGCCUCGAAGUCAUCCUACCUUCAAAGAACUCUGCUCAUGUUUAAAGUUGUUGAGCAGGAAACGUCCAUUAUGAAAACCUUCGGUGGGAGUUUUUGCCUCUAUUCUAAAUGGUCAUUUAAAGUAGUGUUUAGCUGAAAACAUGUAGCUUAUGUAGAGACAAGUCUUUCUGUUACAUAUGAGAAUAGUGUAAUGUUUAGGUUGGUUAAACAACAAAACAGUCGGACCACAGAAAUGCGUUGUGUAAGCUGCUGAGACUUGGACAUUGCCAAGUGGUUUAGAAUCUAGACCCUGUCCGUAUUAGCUGAGCCUUAAUUAUUAAUAGCAUAAUAUUUCCACUAGUGUUGAUCUUGAACACUUAGGCUUGUGCUCUCUUUCAACCCCUACUUAGUACAAAACUAGUCAUACAACUUUAGAUAGUAAUCCAUGGGUAUUGCAACCCGAAUCCAAUUAGUGUUUGGAACAUUAGAAGCCAAAGCCAGCAGCUUGUUAAACAUUGAUUGAGGGAGAGUGAUAGGGAUAGUGCUGAAAGUGAGUCAUCAGGUGUCACUUGGCCAGCUUUGCUAGCCUCAGACUGGCACUGAACCUACAGAUGUACCCUUACAGAAAAACCACAUGAUUUCACAUAAAAUGUCAUGUGAAAAGUUUUUUGGGGACCACCACGUCUUCACGUGUAGUUUCAUGUAGUCACAUGUUGCUUUCCAUGUUGUCACGUUAUCACAUUUACUUCACGUAAGAUCACAUUAAAACGUGUUUUUAGAACACUGUGUUCCCGUGUGAAAUUCAUGUGUGUCCCCCCCCCCCCCCGUAAGUGUAGGUUCUUUGUUGUUCCAGAAGAAAGUGUCUCCCUUCUUACAGUACAAUCCAUGUCAGUAGACUAAAGCAGUCGUUGGCUAAUCUAUUAAUAAGUAUGACAGUGACUUGGGCUCUGUUCAUAGCAUAAUGCUGUCUGUUUACAAAUACAUUGUAGAGCAUUGUGAAUUAUAGCUGAUGUUGUUGAAUUAUAUAUUCUUUUCCAGGUUGAGAGUCUACCGUUGGCGACGGUGUUUUAUGAUCUAAUUAUACAUUUACAAAAGUUUUGUCUUUGUAUGACCUUUUUCUCAAUAUUUGUAUAUAAAUUAGUGAUAACCUACAAUGACACGUAUGAAAAGUUAGAAAUGGAUAUUCACUUUACGUAAUUUAAAGUAGAUUUAUUUUCUCUCUGGCAGCGAAUAUACAAUAGUUUAUUAAUAAUAGAUUUUAGUUAGUAUGGUGAACUCGUUAGAUUUGUAAAAUAUUUAGGAAAUUCUGACUUUUAUUUGCUUAAGGGACGUUUAUCCAGAAUCUACACUGAACAAAAUUAUAAACGCAACUUGCAACAAUUUAAACAAUUUUACUGAGUUACAGUUAAUAUAAGGAAAUCAGUUCAUUAAAGAAAAAAGGGCUUUAUUACAGACAGAAACACUCCUCAGUUUCACCAGCUGUCCAGGUGGCUGGUUUCAGACGAUUCCGCAGGUGAAGAAGCCGGAUGUGGAGGUCCUGGGCUGGCGUGCUUACACGUGGUCUGCGGUUGUGAGGCCGGUUGGACCUCCUGCCAAAUUCUCUAAAACGAUGUUGGUGGCGACUUAUGGUAGAGAAAUUAACAUUCAAUUAUCUUGUAACAGCAAUGGUGGAAAUGCCUGCAGUCAGCAUGCCAAUUGUGUGCUCGCUCAAAAUUUGAGAUAUCUGUGGCAUUGUGUUGUGUGACAAAACCACACAUUUUUUAGUGGCCUUUUAUUGUCCCCAGCACCUGUGUAUUGAUCAUGCUGUUUAAUCAGCUUCUUGAUAUGCCACACCUGUCAGGUGGAUGGAUAAUCUUGGCAAAGGAGAAAUGCUCAAUAACAGUGAUGUAAACAGAUUUGUGCACAAUUUUAAUUUCAGCUCAUGAAACAUAGGACCAAAACUUUACAUGUUGCGUUUAUAUUUUUGUUCUGUAUAGUAACUGAAUGUUUUCAGAACGGGUUUGUCUAGGCUUGGGUGUUUAACAAGAUUACUUGAUUGUUUUGGUAAACUAUGACACAACAUAAAAAUUCUAUAUUCAUCUAAUCAAAUUGUUUUGUAAUUGUUUAUAGCUACCUCUCGUAACAUUUAAAAGUUUUAUCACCUCAGUAAACCAACCAACACUUGAUGGCAGCAAAGCUGUACUGAGGGGAUAUCCUUUAGUAAAGUACACUAGUAGAAUACUUUGACAUGGAUACUGGCCAGCACUUAUCAGCCAAUAAAACAUCAGUCUGGGUCAUUUGAGCUCUAACCAUGAACACUAACCAAGCCCAGCCCCAUAUGUUGCUGAAUCUGAGUUAGGAUAGUACAAGAAUCCAUAGGCGUGAAGCCACACGCUUUAAGGUGUUCAUGUCUGUGGCUUUAAAUUUGUUAUUAAAUGUUUAUGAUAAUAUACAGACAGUCCACAUACCCCAGAAGUCAUUUGAACCUCUCCAUUACCUCAUACAAUGCUAGAUUGUUGUUAUUGUUAUAAAGAAUUUGCCAUUUUUUGUUGACCUCAUGCUCUCCAGUCACGUUGUCUCGCUAAAACACUUAUCUCCAGCAGAGGGCAGCAAAUGCCUGUCACUGAUCCUAAUCUGAACUGUCAUGUUUCUAUUAUAAAUAGGAAUCGCCUCAAGAUAAAAAUUAUUGGCCUUUUUUUUUUUUCAUUUUUUUUUUUUCAUGUCCAGGGGUUUUGUGAGGACUUCUCAGCUCACCCUUGACUCUUUAAUUAAAAAUGAAAGAUUCUUGCUUGCUUUGUGCACAAAUAGUGGUUGGUUGGUGGCUUCUAUGAACUUUUAGCUCAAAAUUCAAUUUUUUAAAAUAGCCCCAAUUCCUCCCGUCUCACCCAGUCUCACUGUUCAUCGUUAAAGGACUUCACUCCCACGUCUCCAAUAGCUUGUUCAUUUUCCCUAUCUGAGAGCAGGGACCUUAUGUUCCCCCAGCCCUCCCUAUAGUAAGGACUUCCCAUAAAUAUGAUCUAACAUAUUCUGUACAAGAUCAGUCAGUGCCAGCACCUUUGUCUGCACUGUUUGGUGAUACUCAAAGGUUUCCUGUGUCAUUUUCACCUAGUGUAUGGUGUAAACCUUGCAAUUAUUUCACAAUGGAAAAUGUGUAUUGUACUUAGAUAAAAUGUUGUCUUACUGGCAAGUAUAGGAGAGUGACAAGGCCAAACUAGUUUGUAAACACAUACAGCUCCAACGUUUUCCAAGAGGAGCAACAUCCAAUAUGAAUACCCGUUUAUUAAAGGAACACUCCAUCCCCAAAAAAGUUAAACGCAUGGGAUGUUAGUUGCCUACUUAUUCCAAGUUUCGCCUUUGAAAUAUACAUGUGCUGUGUUGUUGGAUUCCCUUUGCGUGUACCGGGGCUUUUUGAGUACGUGACCAUGACAGCACGCGUGGGGGAUUAGAUACGUUUGCAAACACAACAAAUCAUUUAGUAAUGGAAUGGUUGUGCCCAUGUACUCCCCCUUCUACUCCCUGACGCGCACACAAAGUAACCUGAACGAGUGCGGCAGUGCUGAAUAUCUCAUGUGUUCCUGGUGGGAGUGCCCUGGGAGUACGGGGGAAAAUGGGAAGCAUUUUACAGUACGGAUGAGUUUAGCUAUAAAUAGUAGAGUUCCAGAAUAUAUUUCAAUUAAAUAUGAGCUUUGGAUCCAAUAUGGAUCUGUGAACAGAGAAACCCAAGGACGGUUCAGAGGACAGAGCCUUAAAAAAACGUGUUCAGCUGUUAUUGGAAAGCGCUUGGGAGGAGAGGGAAGAGAGUGAAGAGUUGGAUGCUGUCUCAAGCUCAGGGGGGAGCUGCUAUGUAAUGGGUGUACUGUCAAACAGAGUAAUCUGUCAUAUCCAAAACACAUCAUCAUGAUGACGUGGAAAGUUAAAAAUAUAGCUUUUGAGUUCAGGAAGAAUUUCCCAAUACAAUCCCAAUGCACUACAGUAUGAUAGCUAUUGGGAAACUAUAGUCAAAAGGGAAAGGGCCAGAUUCAGUUCUAUUUUUGCACUGAGCCAAGAGUCAAAUGUCAAGAGACAAAGGUCAAAACUCAGAUACAAAAAAAAAACUGAUAUUCCCAAAUGUUUAUGUUUAUUUGAUUUGACAUAUAACCCUUUUACAUGUUGUUUAUACAUUUCACAUUUUCGUCAGUUAUAUCCAAUAAACAUAUUUUUAAAGCCA